UUUCCGCAUUUUCCUCUUCGCUUUGUUAAGUCCUCCGCUUGGUUACAGGACCGCUCAUAUUCAAAGUGUCACAUAUGUCUUCCUGGUGCAUCUUCUGAAUCUGCUUGCUCCCUUGAUAACGGUGUGGUGAGUGCUGUACACAAGAAGUAGUGCCUCAGAUAUCAAGUCAGAACUUCAAAGGUGAUUAUGGCACAGUGUGAUAAAAUGAAUGGACAGAGAAAAGUAGCUUUAAUCACUGGAAUCACAGGGCAGGAUGGAUCAUAUUUGGCUGAGUUCCUUUUGAACAAGGGGUAUGAGGUGCAUGGCAUUGUACGAAGAUCUAGCUCAUUUAAUACUGGAAGGAUUGAACACCUAUACAAAGAUCCUCAAACCCAUACAGAAGGAAAUAUGAAGCUUCAUUAUGGUGAUCUUACAGACAGCACUUGCUUGGUCAAGAUUGUUAAUGCAGUUAAACCUUCAGAGAUUUAUAAUCUGGGAGCACAGAGCCAUGUUAAGGUUUCUUUUGAUUUGGCUGAGUAUACUGCAGAUGUUGAUGGAAUUGGCACUCUUCGCCUCCUAGACGCGAUCAAAACCUGUGGCUUAACUAACAGUGUCCGCUUUUAUCAAGCAUCCACAAGUGAACUUUAUGGUAAAGUUCAAGAAAUACCUCAGAAAGAAACCACACCUUUUUACCCUCGCUCUCCUUAUGGUGCAGCCAAGCUGUAUGCCUUCUGGAUUGUUAUAAACUUUAGAGAGGCCUACAACCUGUUUGCUGUCAAUGGCAUUCUUUUCAACCAUGAGAGUCCAAGACGAGGAGCUAAUUUUGUUACUCGAAAAAUUAGUCGCUCUGUGGCCAAGAUUCACCUCGGACAGCUGGAUUGUUUCAGCCUAGGCAAUCUGGAUGCCAAGAGAGAUUGGGGUCACGCCAGGGACUAUGUUGAGGCUAUGUGGCUGAUGUUGCAGCAAGAUGAGCCGGAAGACUUUGUUAUAGCGACUGGGGAGGUACACAGUGUCCGGGAAUUUGUAGAAAAAGCAUUCAAGCAUAUUGGAAAGACAAUUAUAUGGGAAGGUGAAAAUGAGAAUGAAAUUGGACGGUGUAAAGAGACAGGCGUGACCCAUGUGAGGGUUGAUUUAAAAUACUACAGACCCACUGAAGUGGAGUUUUUGCAAGGUGACUCCACUAAAGCAUGCGAAAAACUAGGAUGGAAACCAAAAGUUUCUUUUGAAGAGCUUGUGAAGGAGAUGCUGGAAUCGGAUAUUAAACUGAUGAAGAACAACCCCAAUGCGUGAUUCCUGCAAGGCUGCUACUUGAAGAACUAAAGAUGAACUCCCAAAUCCUGAUGAUUACAGUCUGAUUGAUGGUUUUAUCUCUCUAAAUUUACUACAUUAGAAAUGAAAUCUUUUUUAAAUGAAAUAACCAAUGAUUCUGAUUUCCUCAAAAUAAUGUAAUCGGCUCCAUGAUUUGUAACAUUAAAAAAAUUACAUUUUAUUCUAUUUCUUAUGAAACGUUUGCCUUUGGUUAUCUACAUGGUGUUUAUGUUUACUUAUUAUAAAAUGUUUUUUAUUUUUUAAAAAGAAGUUCAUUUUGGGUGGUGGGGGUAUAAUUAGUAUUUUAAAGUUUCCGGUGUAUGAAGAAAGUUUUAAUCAUGGACAUGAAUAUUAUGGUGUACUGAUGUACAUUUUUAUUUAAAAAAAUAAAACUAACAAAAAACACAAUAUUUUGUCCACUUCUUUCUGU